CAUUGAGUUGCGAUGGACUGGGUGUGUUUCAGAAUCGAUACCCACAGCGGUCCAUCGCCUACUCCAGGGCCUGGCGGUCCCGCCGACUGUCACACAAUGGCAUCAUUGGGAUCCCAAUACGGAGCACGGAAGACAGGUAGCGGAAGAGGAGUUUGCCGCUGUCUUG